AUGUUCAGCAAAUUUGUCAACUUUCCUUCCCCCAGGCUGGCUGUCUGCCUAGCCGUCUUACCUGUAGCUCUUCCCGUCACAUACCUGAUCUACCUCGACCACGCUGUCUCCAAACAGCUCAACACCGCAACGGGCGUCCGCAACACGAAGAGACGUACCUCUACUGUCCCAGCCAACGUUACCAGGCCGAUCACACUGCCGGAAGAGGUCAGAGCCGACGAGUCGGAAUGGAUCCUCGCAUACGAACGGAUCACCUCCAAAGCCUUAGCACCAUCCAGCCUGCCGGAUAACCUAUCGGCCGUGGUAACCGACUACGUCCGAGCGACCAUGACGGCCUUCAGUUGGACGCCGCAGGCCUUCUUGCUCCGCGCGGCUGCUGGGGACAAGGCGGUGAAGAAGACGUUUGACACGCCGUACAUUCAGAACCUUGGGUUUUGCAACGGCGAGCGGGUGAAUGGGUUCUGGAGCGUCGUGUAUCGAGGAAACGGGGACCUGCAAGAACACGAACGGGUGGAGAUGGCGUUGGAUGCGCCGCCUACUUACAAAGGGGCGAGGGUUAGUGGGGUGAUUGUUGCUGGAGUGGAGGUGCAGGGUGAUGGGGGUGUUGUGUUUGUCAACGAGACUUGGAUGUGGAGGAAAGAAGACGAGGCGCCGUUGUUGUUGGAGAGCAGGUUCGGCGGAUGGUUUCAUGUGGUUGUGUCGGGUUGGCUUGUGAUGAAGGGGGAAGAAGCAUGUUCAGCGAGGCAGGUGCGUAGGGGCGCGCUGCGCAGGUCGGUCAACCCAGCGGUGCGGCACCAGCAGGGCUCUCAAACCCCCACAACGCAGCGCGUUCAGCGUCGCAAACCAAGCAAUUACAUAACAACCGACCAAGCGCGGUAA